CUUAUGUCAACGGAGAAGCUGAGAUUAGUAUAUCCGUUAUUGGAAGCUCCGACAUGAUGUUCAGCAUCGACUUCAUAGACAUCAGUGGAUGCAGAACCGAUGCAGGUGUUUUUAUCAGCCCCGGAGUGGAAGAGUACGAUUCUAAAACCUGUGAACAUUACUAUUGCAGUAAUGACAGCGUCUUAUCAGUUGAAGGUUGUGGUGAAAAUCAGCAAUGUGAUGGUAAUGGCGGUUGCAUCCCGAACAACAUCUGCACUUUGACCGGACCCACUGUGAUCAACGUCCACGGCGCCCUCAGCGCUGUGGAGGAUCGCUGCACGUACACUCUGAUGUCACAUGAUGAAGACCUCUCAGGAUUUGAAAUUCUGGCCAGCUACAAGGACCGACGUCGCACAGAUGUGAGCUUUCUGGACAGUGUAACACUGCGACAUGGUGUUGAGGUUCUCCUGGAACAAAGCGGGAGAGUCAAGGUGAACGGUUCACUGGUGAGUCUCAACACCUCAUUCCAGGACUUUGAUGGUGUUGAACUCUCCAAGAACCAAGCUGGAGUCACUGCCAAGCUGCUGCUGGGACCUGGGGUAGAAGUGACUGUGUUCUUUGAUGGAAACACUGCACAGCUGCAAACUACAGACAUUUGGCGAGCUGGUUAUUAUCCAUCAGGUGGUUUGUGCGGAGACUCCGACACAUCUUCAAGCAUCAAGACCAAUUCCAGAAGCUGUCAGACUCGGCACCCAGAAACCAGUGUCCUGACAGUCGACUGUGACGCGAUGUCUGAACGCUGCAGCAUCCUGAUGGAAGAACCCUUCACCUCCUGUCACGCCGACAUCACCCCAGAGCCCUACAUAAGUGUCUGCAUUAAAACCAUGUGUAACUAUCCUGAUGAGGACGGCCUCAUGUGUCAGUUCCUGGAGGCCUACGCCAGAGCCUGCAGCCUGGUGAACAUCACACUGGGGGAAUGGAGGUCCAUUGUGAAGUGCUCUCCGCCUCAGAUCUUUUGUGAAGACAGUCCCUGCAGUGAUCAUGAGUUCUGUGGACUGGUCAGCGAUACCCCCACCUGCCUCUGUAGAGCCAUUUUUGCCUCCAGUUACAGAAGUUCAGGCGCUCUGGGUGAUCCGACGGUCUGCACAGGUGACUCUGCUUCAGUCUCUCUGGUGGGUUGCCUCCUGGCGGAGAAAGGUGUCAACUACUCCGCCUUGCACCUCAACGACCCGUUGUGCACUGGUGAGGUGGACGAGGAGAGCCACAUGGUGACAUUCAGCUUUGACAACGACAACUGUGGGACGGUGGUGGCGGUGGAAGACGGCCAAGUGGUGCACACGAACACCAUCAGAACCCAGACCAGCCCCUCCUCCGAUGUCAUCACUCGCCACAGCCAGUUCCAGAUUGACGUCUCCUGCGUCUUCCCUCAACCAGAAAUCAGAACUAUGGGCAUCAUAAUCAAGGACAGCUCCGUCUCCCAGGAGGUCACAACUGAGGCUUUUAAUUACACUGUGAUGAUGAACGCCUACAUGGACGCCGAACGCACACAAGCUGUGGACUCCGACACCGUGCUGCUGCUGGACCAGAGGAUCUGGGUGGAGCUGACGAGCGACGGGCUGGAUGCAAACUUGAUCGCCAUGGUGACCGACUCCUGCUGGGCCACCGGCCAGCAAAUGUCCAAUAGCAGUGUGGAAUACAUCUUGAUCCAGGACGGCUGUGCAAACGACGCCGACCCGACGGUGCAGGUGGAGGGAAACGGAGAAGGAACUUCCAGCUAUUUCUCUUUCAGCAUAUUUGAGUUCACAGACAGCUCUGGUGAGAUCUACCUGCACUGCCAACUCCACCUGUGCGUCAAAGACAACAACAACAACUGCGUGCCGAAUUGUUCUGGGGAAGAGGAUAGAACGAGCCAAUCUGAAUUUUCCCAACAUCAAUACAGCAUGUCAACUGUCAGAGGUGGUGAUGGUGAUGACAGCAGUCCUGCUGCUGCUUCAGGAGAAGGUGGUGAUGGUGAUGAAAGCACUCCUGCUGCUGCUUAUGGAGAAAUUACAGAGCAAAUGGCAGAAGGUGAUUACUACAGUGAUUCCUACGGUGAUUCCUACGGUGAUUACCACGGUGAUUACCACGGUGAUUACCACAGUGAUACAUACUGACUGACAGGCUGCCGACCUCCAUCUGGAUCCCUGACUCGUGUCUGGUCCUGAUCCUGAUCACGGACGUGUGAAAGGAAGAGCUCAGAUCCUGCUGCUGCCAUGACGUUUUUUUAACUCGUAAAGCAAGAAAAAGCAGCAACGAAAGACACAGAAUUAUGGAAACAGGACCAAACUGUCAUCAGACAUAUGUUACAGACCGUCUCUUAUCUCUUUUAGUCGUAAUUGGUGAAGGGAAGUGUGUGUGCUACAUUUGAUUUAAACGAAAUCUACAUUCUAACAUCCAGGUAGAAUCAGAUAUUAAUCAGAUAUGAGAUUGAUUAUCAUGUUCUUUAAUCAAUACCUUCAUAUUAAUAGUUUUCUAAGAAAGUGGUGUUCAGGGUGAAGCUAUUAAAAAGGGUAGUAAUACAGGUUCUUCUUAGUUUUAGGACACUUUACAGUAAACACAGACAAGUUCAUUAUAGUCUAAUUAAGAAUCAGAUAUUAAUCAGAUAUGAGAUUGAUUAUCAUGUCCUAUUAAUCAAUACCUUCAUAUUAAUCAGCUUUUAGAAAGGUGGUGUUCAGGGUGAAACUAUUAAAAAGGGUAGUAAUACACGUUCUUCUUACUUUUAGGACACUUUACAGUAAACACAGACAAGUUCAUUAUAGUCUAAUUAAGUACAGAUCAAUUCAGUCCAACAGACUGCAAACAACCACAAACUGUAGAAGUGAGUGUUCUGAUGUCCAGGGACAGAGAUACUCGCUGCAUGAACUGCAAAACUGUCAGCUUCUUAAGGUGGACAUACUUUUAGACCGGAAAGAUUUAGUGGGGUGUCGUCUGCAUAAAAUGACAUUCAUCAUUUAUUACGGUAAAUAGAUUUUCUGUUCAGCAAUAUUUUGAUCAGCAACAUUAAAGGAUGUUUUAAUCUGCAGCCAUGCAGCGAUCAUUGAAUGAUUCAUCUGGAACACAAGUUCAGUCCUUCUCAGAAAGGUUCUCAGAGAAACUUCAAGGUGCUUUUUUAGUAGUAGUUUCCCUUUUUUGGUGUUUUGAAACAAGAGUGUCUGUUACAGUUCAGUUGAAGCUGAAUCAUGUAACUGUUUCUUCAUGCUUUUACUUUUCUUUAUCAUUUUUAUUGAUUGUUCAGCAUCCAAAGACCAAAAAAAGAAAUAAAA